CCGGCAGCAGCGGGGCGGGAUUUUCCAGCCAUGACGUCCCAAGUUUUCCAACAACCCUGUCACUUCGACAUCAUGGCGUAGCGAUGUGGACGGCCGGGGGUAGCACUGGUGGGUACGGAGAAGUUCAGAAACCGACCGCUGUGGAGUUUUUGUAAACAAUAGAGGAAACAAACUAACGGAAAUCCCGAAUUCUUUUCGAGCAGAGUUUCGGUUCAUCAGUGAGUGAAGAUGAUGGCUGAUGCCAGCGACAUGUUGGCAGCUGCCCUGGAGCAGAUGGACGGCAUUAUAGCAGGCUCCAAGGCUCUGGACUACUCCAAUGGGCUGUAUGACUGCCAGUCACCCACCUCUCCUUUCAUGGGCAGCCUGCGGGCGCUUCACCUUUUGGAAGACCUGAGGAGUGUCCUGGAGAUGAUGGACACAGAGGAAAGGGAGAGUCUACGCUGCCAGAUCCCUGACUCCACAGCUGACAGUCUGGUCGAGUGGCUUCAUGGUCACCUGUCCAAUGGGCACCUCUCUCUGAGUGGGGGUGACCACUACCAGGAAAGGCUAACCCGAAUAGAGAGUGAUAAGGAAUCUCUGGUUCUUCAGGUGAGUGUGCUGACAGACCAGGUGGAGGCUCAGGGAGAGAAGAUUCGAGACCUGGACUUGUGCUUGGAUGAGCACAGGGAGAAACUCAACGCCACUGAGGAGAUGCUGCAACAGGAGCUUCUGUGCAGAAGUGCACUGGAGUCGCAGAAGCUUGAGCUGAUAUCCGAAGUGAACAACCUAAAGCUGAAGCUGAAUACCAUGGACAAGGACAGACUUGACUUUGAUGACAGAUUUAGGGACAGUGAGGAUUUGAUUCUUGAAAUUAAUGAACUGCGGUACAGAUUGACAGAGCUGGAGAGUGAAAAACUACAGUACGAAAAGAAACUUAAAUCCACAAAGGAGGAGCUAGCCAUACUGAGGAGGCAGCUGGAGGGCUCAGACGGAGAGAUGAGGAGGCUACAGGAUGAGACAGGCUUCAAAGCCAUGGCCUCGAGCAGCUCAGAUCCCACAGAGAGAGGUGGGAAAGCCGGUGGAAUCACAUGCCUUAUCUCUCAUCCAGAUGAAACUCUUAGAAAGAGGCUGAAAGAAAAACAUGUGGAAGUGCAAAGAAUGAAAAAGGCAGUUGAGUCGUUGAUGGCAGCCAAUGAAGAGAAGGAUCGUAAGAUUGAGGAACUGAAACAGUCACUGCUGCGAUAUAAGAAAGUUCAAGACAUGGUUAUGUCAGUGCAAGGGAAGAAAGAAAAAAGCAAAGACAACGAGCACGUCGAGAGUCCUAGUGAUGGAUCCAUCGCAUUCAUGUCAACCUACCCUGUGUCUGUGGAGUCAGAAAAGUAUGAAGUUACAGAUGUUGAGCAAAUGAAAAGGAGGAGCCCAGAUGAGUUGGAGAACCUCAAUGGACUGAGUGAAGAGCCCUCACCAACACCGAGCCCUUCAGACCCAGAACGAGUGUCAAAGUCUGCACCAACAGACGAAGAAAGCAGCCAAGAUGCCACGAAGACUGGCAGCCAGGACCAGCUGGAUAAGAGCAAUAAUGAAAAGAAUACAAGUGAAGAGAUCAAUAAAAUCAGUGAAAAGCCGCCCAUGGGUCCCUCUGCCACUUUGCCUGCUACCAUAGAGGACGACAGCUUUGGCUCAAGAAAGGCUCGUUCAUCCUUUGGAAAGGGCUUCUUCAAGAUCCGUGGGGGCAAGAAGACAAACAGUACUCCUAACCUUGACCGCAGCCGGAGUGCGAGUGCGCCUAUGCUAGCUGAAACAGAGCAACAGGGCACUGACCAUCUGGAUCUGGCCGGGCUGCCACAGAGAUCGACCAACAGCGACAGUACCCACACACUCCCCACGACCCCAGAGGGCAGGAAAAAAUCCAAAGGAAUAAAGAAACUCUUUGGGAAGUUAAAAAGGAGUCAGUCUACCACCUUCAAUCUGGAUGACAACCUACCAGAGGGUGAGUUCAAGAGGGGUGGAGUGCGAGCCACAGCGGGACCCAGACUGGGUUGGUCUCGUGACCUCCAAAGAGCCAACAAUGAUGUUGAUGCUCCCUUUGCACGCUGGUCAAAGGACCAGGUGUGUGACUGGCUGCAGGGGCAGGGUCUCGGUCUUUAUGUGAACAUGGCCCGUGUGUGGAUCUCCUCUGGACAGACGCUGCUGCAGGCCUCCCAACAGGACCUGGAGAGGGAGCUGGGCAUCAAACACCCGCUGCACAGAAAGAAGCUGCAGUUGGCCCUGCAGGCCCUCGGCUCAGAGGAGGAGGAUAAUAAGGGAAAGCUGGACUACAACUGGGUGACGAGAUGGCUGGAUGACAUCGGUCUGCCUCAGUAUAAGACCCAGUUUGACGAGGGGAGGGUGGAUGGUCGCAUGCUGCACUACAUGACAGUGGAUGACCUGCUUUCUCUGAAAGUAGGGAGUGUCCUGCAUCACCUCAGUAUCAAGAGAGCUAUCCAAGUGCUCCGACUUAACAACUACGAGCCCAACUGCUUGCGUCGUAGGCCUUCUGACGAGAACAAUAUUUCUCCAGCAGAGAUUUCCCAGUGGACAAACCAUCGGGUGAUGGAGUGGCUGCGGUCUGUGGACCUCGCUGAAUACGCUCCCAAUCUGAGAGGCAGCGGUGUGCACGGAGGCCUGAUGGUUUUGGAACCGCGGUUCAACGUUGAGACCAUGGCUUUGCUGCUGAACAUCCCCCCCAACAAGACGCUGCUGCGCCGUCACCUUGCCACACAUUUCAACCUGCUUAUUGGCUCAGAGGCCCAGCAGCUCAAACAGGAGUGUCUGGAAAACCCAGACUACACUCUGCUUACCGCCACCACUAAAGUCAAGCCAAGGAAACUGUCGUUUGGUACCUUUGGCAGUCUGAGGAAGAAAAAGCAUGAAGACAACGAGGAGUACGUGUGUCCGAUGGAUGUGGAGAUGCCAAAGGGACGAAGCUUUCAGAAAGGUUUUGAGCUCCAAAUCUAUGAGGACGACCUCGACAGGCUGGAACAGAUGGAGGACUCUGAGGGAACUGUGAGACAGAUUGGAGCUUUCUCUGAGGGGAUUCAAAACCUGACGAGCAUGCUAAAGGAUGAUGAAUUCUUUAAAGAAGCUUCAAAUUCACCGAACCCUAGCGUAACAGACGAGGACUCCAAUGCAUGAGACUGCCAGCGCCACGAGACCUGGUCCUGCUGUGAUGGAAACUCUGUGCCAACCCUCUCCACUCGCACACAGACUUGUCUCAACAAACUCCCCAAAUGCUCCCACAUUUCUUUUUUUAGUGUUACAUUCAAAGAUGAGCCAAAAGUAUUAGUGUCUUUGUUUUUUCAGUUUUAAACGAUGGUGUUGUGAAAGCCUGCAGUCCAGUCGCCACUAUCACUCCUGAACUUUGUCUCCAUCACUGUCGUCUGAUGACAGCGGGAACAUGUGGGGCAACACCACUGCUCGCCUGCCAGCUGGUUUCUGGAGAUAUUUUGUACUCAGUUGUGUUUUGGCACAUUUCUAUUUUUGAUAGAACAGAAGUGUCAACCAGCAGGAAAAAGACAUCUAAAAUAAGCCAAUAUAGAUUUUAAUAUAUGUCUUUUACGUUGCCUUCUGACUGUAGAAAUGUUGAAAAAAAGAAGUGAUAUGCUGAGAAGAUUUUUCCCUCUUUUUUUUUUUUUUGUGUAAAUUGAUAACUCCGAAACAGCUGCUAUUAUUUCUACAGAACUAAACCCUGCUACUUACAUGGGAACUGUCAUAUAUUUUAUCCUACGCUGAACAUUUUACAGGUUUUUGCUCAACAGUAAUACUCUACACGUAUUUGCACCAGUACAUAUCAUACAGUACAAACCCUAAUAGGUAUCAUUGCAUGGUAUUGGAAUUCAACACAUUUAUAUAAGAGCUUUUUGUUUAUUUUAUUUUUUACCAUAAAUUGAUUUUUGAUGGACCCCUGUUGGCUGACACAGGUAUUUUUGGAAAGGUUUGUGAGAUAAUGACGGGUUUUUUCAAAAAUAAUAUUGUGAUGCAACCCUCGACCAUAAAGGAGAAGUUAAACCUUUUUUUGUUGUUGUUUUUUACGUUUAUCCAUUUUUAAGAUCAAUAAAGUAAUUUAAAUCAG